AUGCGGCAGCACUUCGACUUAUUCAAUGCCCGCUACAGCGAGCGCGCCGAGCGGGAGGCGAAGCAAGUUCAAGACUGGAAUGCAACGCAAGAGAAGGAGAAAGCAGGCCGCGAGGGUAACGCAGGGACUAUUAGGAGUGCAGAGCUUGUCAACGGCGUCGACGUCAAUGGAAUAUGA